AUGGAUGGGGCGCCCGAUUCAGAUAUCAAGGAUACAUUGAUGCAGUUGACUUGGAAAUAUGAAGGUAAUAAGAUUCAAUACAAUUUUAAUUCUGAAUUGGAUGAAAAUUUGAGGCAGAUUAGUUGGGCUAUAGAAAACAAGAAAUUUGAUUAUGUAGAAGAAUUGAUGAAGGUUUCACAGGAAAAAUUGCAUACUCGUAAUAAGCAUAUACGUAUAGCAGAUUCUUCGGAAGGUGGUUGGGACACCGUCAAGCAGUAUGAGGCAAAUCCAUUGGCUAGUGAUUCAGAGGAUGAAUCACGGAUUCUUAAGGCAGAGGGCAGGGCUUUGCGGAAGAGGAAGAACAAAAAGGGGAAUACUGGUAAAUCUAAAGUAUCUAAUUUUUCUUUACCUGGACCGAGUUCAUCUUUUAACCAAGGUCAACAGUUCACCCAAGGUCAAUUUGGAUUUGGAAAAAUGAAUUCCUUUCGUGCCUACAAUGGGCAAGGUACAGGAAGCAGUUCCGGUAAUGGAGUCGUCGGAGGAUGUUGUUUUGCAUGCGGGCAAAGUGGACAUUUCAGGAGAGAGUGCCCAAAUAUUUAUCAUGGUACAGCAAGUGGUGGAGCCAAUCAGAAAUAA